AUGUCGAUAAACGUCAACGACGGUGACGCAAAAGAUGGUGGCAGCAAACACUGGGAGACGUUGAAAGUAGUUGAAGACUCAACGCAGCGAUACAUGUCGGCCUGGGAGUCGGCCAAGACGAAUCCUAAAAUUAUCCUCUACAGCACUUGCGCCUGCAUGAGCUCGAUCCUGUGGGGUUUCGAUAUCGGCGUCAACUCUAUUAGCUCUGCCUUGCCUGGGUUUAAGCUGGUGUUUGGUUAUGAGUACCAAGGGCAACUUCUCCUUUCUGCCACCUGGAACGCAUUAUGGACCGCUAUGAGUUCCUUGGGCAUGCUUUUAGGCAGUGUCGCUUGUGGUUGGCUUGCGGAUACCUGGGGUAGACGCGCAGGCUUUGUUCUAGGCUCCGCGCUGUCUGUACUCGGCGUCAACGGCUUAGCCCUUGGCUUCUUCUUGACUCUUGGGCCAUUGUAUGCCUCAGAGAUCGCCCCUCUGCCUCUGCGCCCAACCCUGACGGCGGCGGUGAAUUUCUUCAUCAACGCAGGCCAGAUGGCAGCAAUCGGCAUCGGAAACACGCGCUUUACGAUCAUCACCCCCGACUCUUACAAAGUGUUGUUUGCCGCUCAAUGGGCAUUUCCCUGCUUCAUUAUGCUUUUUGCCUUGUUCAUGCCAGAAAGCCCUUGGUAUCUCUGCAGAAAAGGUCAAGACGAGGCCGCUGCAAAAAGUUUGCAACGACUAUACAGUAAGACGUCAGACACAGAUCCAGCUGCCAAUGCCCUGCUGGAGAUUCAGAGUGCCAUCGAGCAAGAGCGGUUAUUGAAUAACCUACAUGAAAACUCCACCUAUGCCGACUGCUUCAAAGGCACAAACUUCCGACGCACGAGGAUUUCUUGUGGCAUGUUUGUCGUCCAACAAUCUGCCGGCAUUGCACUCUAUGCUCAAGCACUUUAUUUCCUCGGUAUAAUCGGGUUGCCGCCUGGGCUGACAUUCAAGUUGGCACUUGGUGGUUUUGGUGUUGCCAUGGUCGGUAAUAUGCUGUCCUGGGGAAUCAUGUCAUAUGUUGGGCGGAGAAAGUUGAUCCUUGUCGGCAUUGUUCUAAACGGUCUUGUCCUAAUGUCUACUGGCAUUGCAGGAUGUUUCACGUCCACAGCAGCACUGUACUUUAUCGGUUACGUCAUGAACUUCGCCCAAGCUGUAUAUGCCCCAACGAUUGGUGCAGCAAGUUGGGUUAUCUGUGCCGAGGUCAGCUCCCUCGAGUUGCGGGCUCACACUCAAAGUCUGGCUACUAUUACCAAUGCCGUGACAAGUUGGAUCCUCAAUUUCAUCACGCCAUACCUAAUCAACACAGACGACGCAAACUUGGGUGGAAAGGCCGCAUUUGUUUGGGUUGGCCUUUGUCUACUCUGUUUAAUCUGGGCAUGGUUUGAGGUUCCAGAAUUUAAAGGUCUCUCGUCAGCGGAUAUGGACAGUCUUUUUGCUGCUAAGAAGCCUACUCGACGGUUCAAGCAUUCUUCAGACUAGGUGUAGAUCCCUAUCCUCAGAGGAAUGCUUAGUUCGGCACGUAUGCCUUGUAGCUGCCCGCUAGCCUCAUCAAGCCUCUAGACAUGUUCAUAUUCACACUCCAAGUCAAUUGUUUGUGUUGUACCACUUCACAUGCCGCGAUUCCAAUGUACG